GUGUCUUUGUCUCACUGUCAGUUAGCUGAUGAAGGAACAGAAAAAGUUUGAGAUCCAGCAACAUGAUGUUUGGAGUCUUCAGCAGCAGAAGAGUUGCAUCGAGGUGACCACUGUGUUUGGAGCAGAAAACAGGAGAUGUAAACAAUCAACCUUCAUUUAACCUUUCCUCUAACUAUGCCUCCAAUUAUAUUUCCUUUUUGCUAGUUUUCCCACAAAUAUGAACAUUCCUUUGUCUUCCACCCUCCUCGUGAUUGUUUCCAUUAAUUUCUCUGGGUGGCUGCUCCUGCCUGUGGGAAGCUCACAUGUGUGCCCACACCAGUGCAUUUGCUAUGAGCACGCUGACCUGGUGGACUGCCGCAAUGGCAAAUUUGAACAUGUACCCAGGGGCCUCCCUCACGGUACGUGGCUGCUGAAGCUUGGAGGAAACAAUCUGAGCAUCAUAGAAACCCGAACCUUUAUUGGACUGUGGUCCCUGAGGGUGCUGGUGCUGACCAACAGUCACAUCAAAGAAAUACAAGCACAGGCUUUUUUUUCUUUAGCCUUCCUUGAAAAGUUGGAUCUCAGCUGGAAUCAGAUAACGACUCUCCCUGUGGACUUCUCCUCCAGCUUGUCUGCUCUGAAGGAGCUCCGACUGGAACACAACAAUUUAAAUUAUAUAUCUGGAUUCAGCUUGGAACACUUGGACAACAUGGAAAAGUUGGACCUCAGUUAUAACCAGCUGGUGUCUGUUGGCCCUGGUGUGUUCAGGGGCCUCUCUAGGCUGAGACAGCUCUUUCUACACAACAACAGACUGACAGUGGUGGAGCAAGGCAGUCUUGAUAUGCUGCCUGGACUUGAGGUGCUGCAGCUGAGUAACAACAACAUCUCCCAGAUAGACUCUGACGCUCUGGCUCCUCUCUAUAGUCUGGCGAUUCUUAAUCUGGAAGGAAACAACUUGCAUCACCUGAAGUUUAAGACCUUCAUCAGUCUUCAUACAACAGCAACACACAUUCAGCUUUCAGGCAACCCAUGGAGCUGCGACUGUGAGCUACAUCGUGUCUUCAGCAAGAUCUUGCAUGUCCGCUACCUCCAUAUUGACGACUACCGAAAUGUGACCUGCAAGGACCCCCCACAGCUGGUGGGGGCUUCUCUGGCCUGGGUGGACAGUCAGCUCUGCGUUGCGGAAACGGCCACUGUCCUUGUCAUUACCGUCACGGUCCUGGUGACUGUGGUGGCAGCUGUGGUGAUGGCAGAGAGAAACAGGAAGAAAAGUCGUGGGAAGAACUGGGAUGCUGACUCACAAAGUCCCCCAUCUUAAAAAAAAAAGUUUUAUAACUCAUGUACAUUUUUUACCCUAUUUGCUUUUAGUGCAGAAAAAGAAGGCUGCAAAUAUAAAUCUGCUAAGACUUAUGAAGACUGACUUUGGACCUGCUGCAUUCCCUCCAGCAGUAGGACAAUACUGUCUCAGAUUUCUUUCUCAUUUUCAAAAUCAGAACAGGCAGCAGGUCAGGCCAUCACUGGUCCAUUUUUUUUUACAAGAAGUCCAUUGCAGGGUAGUUUGAGAAAGACAGAAUGUCACUGGGGUCAAAUAGUCAGACUUGAUGUUGCAACUAUCUCUUUACUCAUUAAAUAUGUGCAUGUGCUUAAAGCAGUGUGAUGGGGGUUUAGGACCAAACACCCACCUUCGCUACAAGAAAGCAAGUAAGACUCUAAUUAUUGAUUUGUAGGAUUUUCAGCUGUUUUGCAUAAUCACAGAAAACUUAGGUAUGCUGACAAGAAGCAGCUAGAAAUAUGUCUGUUCUAAUGAAUCAAUUAGGCAUGUGCUUGCAUCUCUAACUCAGCAUUUUCUAUAUGUCACUGUUUACAUCAGUAUUAUUAUUUUUUGUUUUA